AUGGUAUCGGAAUCGGGUCGCGGCGAAGCCCCUGCUGCUCUGGUUCGAGAAAAGACUCCCGAGAGUGACAAUGACAACUACGACAACAUCUCCGGUCCUCCGUCUCCCAGCAGUACUGACUUAGAAUUCAAUGAAUCGCAGUGUUUAUUCUGCAACCAGACUAACCCAGACCUAGACCAGAAUCUGGCCCAUAUGUUGAAGACCCAUGGUUUAUACAUCGACGCAGCACACUUGUUAGUGGACAUCGAGACACUUCUCUCGUAUUUUAACCUCGUCAUUUCCGGUUACUAUGAGUGUCUCUACUGUGGCACGCAGCGGAACACUCGCCAGGCGGUCCAGCAGCACAUGACGGCGAAGGGUCACUGCAAAUAUGACAUCUCGGGAGACGAUGCCGAGCUCAGAGGCUUUUUUGAAUUCCCAUCUUCGGAAGCCACAGAGGAACGACAACGAACUCUGGACUCAAUGCAGCGCCGCCUCGAUGAUGACGCCCAACUUCCAUCCCAGGCGAGAUUGAGGAAACCACGACCUCCAAAGCGUUCGGACAGCGCCAGCAUUACAGCCUCCCCACUCGAUCAAACACCACAGUCACACGCCGACCCGGAAUCAAGCUCAAACCCUACCGAGACAGGCUCCGGAACUGCCGCUGGUGAGGUGAGCACACGAGCGCUCAAGCAGGAACACACCCUCAACAACCAGCUUGCACAACUUCGCGCGAGCGACAGGAGAAGUCUGUUACACCUACCGGCUUCACAGCAAAGGGCACUGCUUUCAGCUCACCACAAACAAAUGCAGAAGGCCAGGAGGACCGAGCAAGCUCAACGGGGCCACCUGGAGACAGCAGGGAACAGAGUCAAUGCUCUGGACAAAGUCAGGCUGGUCCGGCAACCUCCCCAUUUCGGGAACGUGUUCAAUUGGAGUCAUUGA